AUGGUGGGGGAGCUGGAGAUGGGCGACUGGCAGGAGGUGUGGGACGAGAACACCGGCUGCUAAUAUUACUGGAACACCCAGAGCAACGAGGUGACCUGGGAGCUCCCGCAGUACCUGGCGACGCAGGUCCAGGGCCUGCAGCACUACCAGCACGGCCGCACCGUCGCAGGCGCCGACGGGGCGACCGCCCCGGGCAGCGUCGGCCGUGGGGCCAGCCUCGCCAAGCGGGAGGUGAAGAAGGAGGUGAACGAAGGCGUGCAGGCUCUCUCCAACAGCGAGGAGGAGAAGAAAGGGGUGGCUGCGGCCCUCCUGGCACCACUCCUGCCCGACGUGGUGAAGGAGGAAGAGGAGCGCUGGAGGAGAAAGGUGAUCUGCAAAGAGGAGGUCGAGCCGCCCCCAGAAGAGGAGGCGAAAGCGGAAGAGGCGGCGGCUGCCCCCGAAGAGCCGGAGCCCGGCCGGGAUCCCCUGGAAGACACGCUGCAGGAGGAUCUGUGCAGCGUGGUGCAGUCAGGGGAGAGCGCUGAGGAAGAGGAGGAGCAAGACACCCUCGAGCUGGAGAUGGUGCUGGAGAGAAAGAAGGCGGAGCUGCGUGCCUUGGAGGAAGGCGAUGGCAGCGUUUCGGGCUCCAGCCCGCUCUCUGAUGGGAGCCAGCCGGCCUCGCAGGAUGCAACCCGCAGGCUGGCCUCCAAGCGGGGGAAAUGGAAACUGUUUGUCGGAGCCGCCAGCCCCGAAUCCGCGAGUCGAGGCUCCAGCAAAACGGGCCGAGAGAGCCCGGAAGCGGGAGAAGCAGCGGCGAGCACAGAAGCAGCCGAUGCAAAUUCAGACAAAGAGGCAGAGUCUGAGGAGCCCCAGGAGAAAGCAAAAGCACAAGGGGCACCGAAAAUAGAAGAGGAGGAGCAGGACCUAAAGUUUCAGAUCGGAGAGCUGGCAAAUACUCUGACUAGUAAAUUGGAGUUCCUGGGCAUCAACAGACAAUCUAUCUCCAACUUCCACAUGUUGCUGUUGCAGACAGAGACCCGCAUUGCAGACUGGCGAGAAGGUGCUCUCAAUGGAAACUACCUCAAACGCAAACUCCAAGACGCAGCCGAACAGCUAAAACAAUACGAAAUAAACGCCACCCCUAAAGGCUGGUCCUGCCACUGGGACAGGAUCUCUGGAUCACCUCUUCUGACCAACAGCUCUGACAAAGGACAAACUUCAACUCAUCGACGGAACGAAGAACAAGAUUUCUGUCUCCUGCCAGCAGGGAGCAUAGACGCUAUUUCUAUGUUAACGAGCGCUCAGGAGAGUCGCAAUGGGAGUUCCCCGACGGGGAGGACGAAGAGGAGGGACAGCCGACCUCCAACCCCCAAGGCGCCGGAGAAGGAGAAGCCGAGGAAGGGGCGGAAGGACAAGGGCAAGAAGGGCAAAACGAAGAUGCCGUCGCUGGUGAAGAAGUGGCAGAGCAUCCAGCGGGAGCUGGAUGAGGAAGAGAACUCCAGCUCCAGCGAGGAGGACCGGGAGACCACCGCCCAGCGGCGCAUCGAGGAGUGGAAGCAGCAGCAGCUGAUGAGUGGCAUGGCGGAGAGGAACGCCAACUUCGAGGCGCUGCCGGAGGACUGGCGAGCGCGGCUGAAGCGGAGGAAAACCGCGUCGAGCACAUGAGGCGCGCCGCGCUCUUUUUUUUUUUUGUUGUUUUUUUUACAGAUGUACAGUUCAGAGCCCUUCACUUGACCGUUG